UUAGUUACAGAUUCUCCUUACAUUUUUAAAGUUUUGGAGAGACUGAAUCAUGUUUCCAUUUGUGCUUUUUUCUGCCCUGUUUUCUUCCAUAUUUACUGAACCUAGGGAGAAACGUUGGGUCUGCAACUCCUCUGACGCCACCGUUUGGUACGACUACUGUGAUAACUUGAAAUUUCCUAUUUCAAUACGUUCUGAGCCCUGUAUAACAUUGAAGGGAAGCCAUGGAGUACUCUAUCUCUACUACAUUCCAAGAAGAGAUAUAAGGAGCUUAUACUUCAAUAUCUAUCUAUCUACUAAGCACAUGAAUUUCCCAUUGCGCAAAGAAGUUAUUUGCCGAGGAUAUGAUGAUGAUUUUUCCUUUUGCAGAGCUCUGAAGGGAGAGACUGUGAACACAACAAUACAAUUCUCCUUCAGGGGAAUACGAUUUUCUAAGGGACAAUACAACUGUAUUACAGAAGCCAUCGAGGGGAACACUGAAGAAAAGCUCUUUUGCUUGAACUUUACUAUCAUACAUUACCCUGAUUUCAAUUAGAAUAAAUCAAGUAUUUGCUUUUAUUUUUCAAAAGUUUUAUUCUUCACUUAAAAUAUUUUUUACACUGUGUAUGUGUUUUCUAGGUCUGCCAUAGCAAAUACCACAGACCAGGUGGCCUAAACAAGAUUUAUUUUGCUCUGGAAGCUAGAAAUCUGAGAUCCAAUUGUCAGCCGAUUGGGUUCCUUUUGAGGCCUCUCUCCUUGGCUUGUAGAUGGCCUUUGUCUCCCUAUGUCCUCACGUCAUCUUCCCUCUGGGCAUGUAACCCUAAUCUCUCAUAAGGACACCAGCCACUGGUUUAGGGCCUAUCCGAGUG